AUGGGGGAAUUAGUCGAAAUCCCAAAACAGGCGAAAGCCAUCAUCUAUGACAACCCCGGAACUAUCUCAACCAAAGUCGUGACUGUGGAUGUGCCUGAACCAGGUCCUGGAGAAGUCCUUAUAAAUCUGACUCACUCAGGGGUAUGUCACUCAGAUUAUGGAAUUAUGACAAAUAGUUGGAAGAAUCUCCCGUACCCGACGCAGCCCGGGCAGGUUGGUGGUCAUGAAGGUGUUGGAAAAGUCGUCAAGCUUGGCACAGGCACAGAGAGGUCUGGUAUAAAGCUUGGAGAUCGUGUGGGCGUCAAAUGGGUCUCAUUCGCUUGUGGUAGUUGCGAACCUUGUUGUUCUGGAGUAGAUGCAGCGUGUUUGGAGAGUAGAGUUUCCGGAUAUUACACCCCAGGCACGUUUCAGCAAUAUAUUUUGGGCCCCGCAAACUACGUCACUCCGAUUCCAGACUCCCUUUCCUCAGACGCGGCUGCCCCUUUUCUUUGUGCUGGAGUAACUGUCUACUCUGCCCUUAAACGCAGUCGUGCUCAACCAGGAAACUGGGUCAUCAUUUCAGGUGCGGGAGGAGGGUUGGGUCAUAUUGCCAUCCAGCUCGCCAGUCGGGGCCUGGGACACCGUGUCAUCGGGAUCGAUCACGGUAGCAAGAAAGAUAUUGUUCUCGAAUCUGGCGCGGAACAUUUUAUAGAUAUCACGCAGUUCACUGAUAACGGGCCGAAAGGUGGAAAAUUGGCUGAACAUGUCAAAUCCCUCACAGGAGGCCUAGGAGCACAUGCAAUCAUUGUCUGCACAUCCUCAAAUGCUGCGUAUGAGCAGGCUGUAUACCUGUUACGCGUGAGCGGUGUUCUAGUCUGUGUUGGUAUACCAGAGAACGAGCUGAAACCCAUUGCGUCGUCGUUUCCUGCCACCCUUAUCUCGAAGCAGAUUUCCAUCGUUGGAUCUGCAGUCGGAACUAAGCGGGAGUCAAUUGAGACUUUGGAAUUUGCAUCGCGAGGAAUUGUCAAGGUGCAUUUCCGCACGGAGAAGAUGGAUGCACUUACAAGUGUGUUUGAGGAGAUGGAAAGGGGCGGUCUUAAGGGGAGAGUUGUUAUUGACUUGUCUUAA